CCACAGCUCCACUGCCAGCUUUGUGACAUGGUGGAAUUCCUGGAGCAGGUCAGGCAGGGCAUGGAGCUGCCCCUUUCAGAGUCAGCCCAGGCUUGAAUUAGAUUGGCAUCACUACAAACCCACAGCUACAGAAAAAUCAGAUAACAGUGUACCUGUGUCCAUGAGGCAAGAUGGAGAGGAGAUAGUACAGUGAGGUGGUGGCCUUGUGACAGGAUGGCUUUCCUGGACAACCCGACCAUCAUCCUGGCCCACAUCCGGCAGUCGCACGUGACCAGCGAUGACACGGGGAUGUGUGAGAUGGUCCUGAUCGACCACGACGUGGACCUGGAGAAGUUCAACCCCUCCUCAGCCUGUGGGGACAACGGGUCAGAGCCCCAGGGCAGCAAUGGGGACACUCAGGGCUACGUCUACUCCCAAUCCGUGGACAUUACCUCAAGCUGGGACUUUGGGAUCAGGCGCCGGUCGAACACAGCUCAGAGACUAGAACGUCUGCGGAAAGAGAGACAAAAUCAAAUAAAAUGCAAAAACGUUCAGUGGAAAGACAGAAAUACUUCUUGCUCAGCAGAGGAGCUGAGCUCGCUGUUUGAAAAGAAGAACUUUAGGGUGAAAUCCCCAUGUUCUGGGAAGCAGUCCAUCCUCUCUGUGAGACUGGAGCAGUGCCCACUGCAGCUCAACAACCCCUUCAAUGAGUACUCCAAAUUCGACGGCAAGGGCCACGUUGGUACAACAGCAACCAAAAAAAUCGAUGUCUACCUCCCGCUGCACACGAGCCAGGACAAGCUGCAGCCCAUGACCGUGGUGACCAUCGCCAACGCCAAGGUGCACGACCUGAUCGGGCUCAUCUGCUGGCAAUAUACAAGUGAGGGACGGGAACCCAAGCUGAAUGACAACGUCAGCGCCUACUGCCUGCACAUCGCCGAGGACGACGGCGAGGUGGACACGGACUUCCCGCCCCUGGACUCCAACGAGCCCAUCCACAAGUUUGGCUUCAGCACGCUGGCCCUGGUGGAGAAGUACUCGUCCCCAGGGCUGGCAGCCAAGCAGUCGCUCUUCGUGCGCAUAAAUGCUGCUCAUGGAUUCUCACUUAUUCAGGUGGACAGUAUGAAGGUCACCAUGAAGGAUAUCUUACAAAAGGCCUUAAAGAGAAGGAAGGGAUCACAGAGAGGCUCAGGUCCUCAGUAUCGGCUGGAGAAGCAGAGUGAACCUAAUGUCCCAGUAGAUUUAGACUGUACCUUGGAGAGCCAGAGCACUUUGGAAUUCUGCCUUGUCCGGGAGAACAGUUCAAGAGGAGAAGAGGUGUCGGAGGAGGACCCCCAGAUCGACAUUGCCACGGUGCAGGACAUGCUCAGCAGCCACCACUACAAGUCCUUCAAAGUCAGCAUGAUCCACCGGCUGCGCUUCACCACGGACGUGCAGUUAGGUAUUUCUGGAGACAAGGUAGAGAUAGACCCUGUUACUAAUCAGAAGGCCAGCACUAAGUUUUGGAUUAAGCAGAAACCCAUUUCAAUCGAUUCUGAACUCCUCUGUGCCUGUGACCUUGCGGAAGAAAAAAGCCCAAGUCAUGCAAUAUUUAAACUUACAUAUCUAAGCAAUCAUGACUACAAACACCUUUACUUUGAAUCAGAUGCUGCUACUGUCAAUGAAAUUGUACUGAAGGUUAACUAUAUUCUAGAGUCGCGAGCAAGCACGGCCAGAGCAGAUUAUUUUGCUCAGAAACAAAGAAAACUGAGCAGGAGAACGAGCUUUAGCUUCCAGAAGGAGAAGAAGUCGGGCCAGCAGUGAGGCCGGGGCAGAGCCUGCGUGCCGCGCUCGGAGCCGCUCCGGGGCGGCGGCCGGGACCGCGGCUCCUGCUGCGGGGCGGGGCGGCCGGCCGGGAGCCCGAACUAUCCCGUCUCUCACGGCUGGAAGAUUGUCCCUCCUCGGCGGUGGGAAGUCUCCCCUGUGACAGAAAUAAAGAGCCAUAUCAGCCGGAAAGAAGACUGUUACGCUUCAGGUUCCUUUGAUUAGAAAUAAGAGAAUGACGUAGACUGGCAUCAUUUAAUUACUGUAUUAUGUACAAUCACAAGAAGAGAUGUGAUUACAUAUUAUUUCACAGCCUGGUUAAAAUAAAUUAUAUACAUCUGUAAUCCACCCACGUACACGCAGGUAUUGCUUGUGACAUGAUCAAAUUUCUAAAAACAAAAUGUAGGACAAAUGUAUCCAUUUUUACUAUUAAUAAACAGAUGUAAUCUUUUUCAAGGUC